AUGACCAUAACUAUCAAACGCAAGGCACCCUCGGCUGACCCGCCUCCUCGUUCAACAGCAAUCCCUUCAACUCUUCCUCCGUCCGUCGAGGAAGCCUAUCGACGAAAAUGCGUCCAGCUCAAGAACCGCACAAACGAGGUCGAAGAGGCCAACGAUGCCGCUCGUCUUCGCCUCGCGCGCAUAAAACGCCAGGUCGAGAAGAUGCGAGUAGAGCGCGCCUUCUUGCUUGAACAACUCGCGAAGCGCACAAGCGCAAACGUCGAAGACUCUGAUGGCAGCCCUAGUCCCCCUCCUACACCAAAAGAUAAGCCUCUGCGUACGAAGCGAGGCCAUCGAAAGUCUAUGAUGCCCGAUGCCGACGCAAAGACAUCAGCUGGUGCAUCGUUUGCCAACGCUGCUGGCUCUCCUACAUCCGAUACAUUCUCGCACCCACCCGAAAGCCAGUCAAAGCAAGAGCAUGCCAAUGGUGUCUCUGCGAAUGAUGACAAGAAACCUGCCAGCGCUUUCUGGCUAUUCUGUGAGGACAAACGGCCCGAUGUUGAAAAUAAGGACAAGGACGGCGACGGAAACAUGAACGUCGAUGAUGAACUAGCUCAACUCUGGAAAGAACUCCCUGAUAAUGACAAGGAAGAAUACGAGGCGAGAUUUGAAGAGAUCAAGAGCGCCGAAGCAAAGAAGACCCCUGUGCCUGACAAGAAGGAAGACAAGCCCACCGAAGACAAGCCUGCAGCCGUUGACGAGGAUGUCGAGAUGGGCGAUGACACCGAGGACCAGGAUACUCAGGCUGGCGAGAAGGCAGAGGAAUGA